UGCGCUAGCUUUGAUCUGAUCUCUGCGGAACGUGAGUUGGCUUGUCACAGAGCGGCGUAGUCCCUCUGUGGGAUGCUGAUCCUCCCCUGGAAGCUGUAAGGACAUCAUGGCAGGGGCCCUGGAUGCUGUACUGGCCAGAGCCAAAGAUGUGUGCAAAAGGAAUGGGCUGCUUAUUCUUUCCGUACUGUCUGUUAUUGUGGGAUGUCUCUUGGGAUUCUUCCUCAGGACCAGGAGGCUCACCGAGCAGGAGAUUAGUUACUUUCAGUUUCCUGGGGAGCUCCUCAUGCGGAUGCUGAAAAUGCUGAUCCUGCCGCUUGUGGUAUCAAGCUUGAUGUCGGGAUUGGCCGCUCUUGAUGCCAAAACGUCCAGCCGUCUGGGCAUUAUCACAAUUGCCUACUACCUGUGGACCACCUUUGUGGCGGUGAUCGUGGGGAUAAUCAUGGUAUCCAUCAUCCAUCCAGGGGGUGCAGCGCAAAAGGAGAACACAGGACAUAACGGGAAGCCGGUCAUGAGCUCAGCGGACGCUCUGCUGGACCUGAUCCGGAACAUGUUUCCUGCAAACCUUGUGGAGGCAACUUUCAAGCAGUACCGAACCAAGAAUGUGCCUGUGGUAAAAAGUGGGAAGACAACCUCUUCGGAUAGUAUAACGCACAGAAUCCUCAUCUAUGGAAUCCAGGACGAGAAUGGAUCACAUAUACAGAACUUUGCUCUGGAUAUCACACCCUCCCCUGAUGUGGUCUACAAGUCGGAGCCGGGAACCAGCGAUGGAAUGAAUGUACUGGGCAUUGUCAUAUUUUCAGCCACCAUGGGUAUAAUGCUGGGCCGCAUGGGCACAAGCGGAGUUCCUGUUGUCAGCUUCUGCCAGUGCUUAAAUGAGUCUGUUAUGAAGAUUGUAGCUGUUUCUGUAUGGUACUUUCCAUUUGGGAUUGUCUUUCUUAUUGCUGGCAAGAUCCUGGAGAUGGAUGACCCUACAGCUAUUGGAAAGAAGCUUGGAUUUUAUGCCAUCACUGUGGUGUGUGGCCUUGUGGUGCACGGUCUCUUCAUCCUCCCUCUUAUGUACUUGUUAAUCACCAAGAAAAACCCAAUUGUCUUUAUUCGAGGGGUGCUGCAGGCUCUGCUUAUAGCAUUAGCCACAUCCUCCAGUUCUGCCACUCUGCCAAUCACAUUCAAGUGUCUGCUAGAGAACAAUCACAUAGACAGACGGAUUGCCAGAUUUGUGCUGCCUGUGGGUGCCACCAUUAAUAUGGAUGGGACAGCUCUGUAUGAAGCAGUGGCGGCUAUCUUUAUAGCACAAGUCAACAACUAUGAGCUGGAUUUUGGUCAGAUCAUUACCAUCAGUAUCACAGCUACAGCAGCCAGUAUAGGGGCAGCAGGGAUACCACAAGCUGGACUGGUGACCAUGGUCAUUGUGCUCACCUCUGUUGGCCUACCCACUGAUGACAUCACUCUAAUCAUUGCAGUUGACUGGGCACUAGACAGAUUCCGGACAAUGAUUAAUGUGCUUGGAGAUGCAUUAGCAGCGGGGAUCAUGGCGCAUAUCUGCAGGAAAGAUUUUGCAAAGCAGAGUGAUGAGGUUCCUCUGAUUUGUGAAACAAAGCCAAUAAGUAUCCACCAGAUCAUGGCUUACCAACGGAAUGGUUGUGUUAAGAGCCGGAGUGCCCCCCACCUCUCCCACACAGUACCGGAGUUCCAUCAAGUCCAGGUGGACCCCGAGCCAGAACUUCCUGAGUCACCUAAGAAGUGCAAAGACAAAGAUCACUGUACGAUAGAGAUCAGUGAGCUAGAGACUAAUGUAUAAAGCAGCUUGUGCUGUAUAAUAAAGCUGAGCUGAUCCCACACCAGUGCCCUCAUAAUACUGCUGUGGACGUGAAAAUGGGAAGAGACUGAUGCUGUUCCUCAUAAAGGUGACACCAACAGCAAAAACAAAACAACUGCUUCUUAAGGGACAGUUCUCAUCAACUCACAACUCGCCUAACAGCCAACUUUUGUUGAAUGACUUCACUAUAACAUCUGUAUCUGCAAGAUGUGUGCCGGGACUUGUAAUAUCCCUACCCUCUGUGGUUAUUGGUAAUCAAUACUCAUAUAAUACUGUUUGCCUCCAAAGGUCUAUAAAAGCCUUUCAGAGAGCAGAGUUCCAUCAAUUGUACAGUUCUGAAGACAUAAAGAU